CUCCACCUCUCUGUGUCUCUUUCACUCGCUCUCUUUUCCACAACAGAACGAUGGCAGAAGCGACGAAUCCGGCGGCCACCUCGUUCCCUGCGCCCACCAUUACCCUGCCGCUGGGGCCGGACAUCAUCCGGACCUACUCUGGAGCUCUGAUCUGCAUGGAGAUUCUCUUCGGGGGUUUGGUUUGGAUUCUUGUGGCCUCCUCGAACAUCCCUGUGCCUCUGCUCCAGGGUUGGGUCAUGUUUGUGUCUGUUACUGCGUUCUGUUGCUCCACAGCCUACCUCACCCUCUUCCUGUCCGGCCUAGCAGACCGAAUCAACACCAACUGGAACUUCAUGGAUAUGAUGUACCACCUGGUUGCUCUGAUCUUCUAUUUCUCUGCCUUUGUGCUGGAAGCUGCGACAACAUCUGGAGUGUAUAAGCAGAAUGUGAACAACACAGUGUGUGUCCUCAGACCCAGCACGAACAUCAUCACCUUCAUGGAUUUCCGACAGUACAGUAUUAACGUGGUGGCGACGAUCUUUGCAUUCGUCGUGACCGUGUGCUACGGCUUCAGCAUGUUCAUGGGCUUUAAGCGAUGGAGGAAGUGACGAUGAGACUCACUACGCCAUCACAGCGAUGCUCCCUGAUCAACACGUUUACUCCAAGUGUGUUAUUAUUAUCCACAACACACACGCAGACACACACACGAGGAUUCAUUUCAUAUGGACAUGUGUUUUUAGUCAAGAAGGUCUUUUCGUUCUGUAGAGCUGAGAUUUGAAGUGUGCAGUUAAUAAACAGAUGUGUGCAAAACUUUGCACCCCCAUGGCCCAUGAUUUCUGGACCACAAAAUGUAAACUGUACAUCUUGUUUAUAUUUUAUCAACAAAAUAAAAAGAACAGCAUUUAAACAUGAAAUUUGGGUGCAUCCUGAAACAAGCCAAGAAUGUAAAUUAUUAUUAUUAUUAUUAUUUUAUUUUUUUAAAGGGUGUGCAAACUUCUGAAGUGAUAUUCUUUUUUUUUACAAUGAUAAUCUAAACAUAUUCCACUUGCAUUUUUGUUCCUUGUGAUAAUGAAGGAACUGAAUGUUAUUUUGUGAUAAAUUGCAUUUCUUUGUCCUCUUCAUUUUGUCCAGAAGGUGUGCAAACUUUUGCACUCACACCCUAGAGAAUAUUUCAAUUCAAAUUUUUUUUAGAUUAUUUAACUCUACAUUUCUAAUCUAAUCUAAUCUGUUUGUUCAGUAAUAACUCAUUAUUUUAUUGUUCUCUGAAUAAAGAAGCAUUUUUAAAUGAA